UUUUUUGUCCACUUGCUUCCGUCCUGUGCUUGUUGCUUGCUUUUUGGUUCUUCCUCCCUCCCGCCGCAGCAUCCUCAGCUCAAAGUCAACGCGCUCCUCCCCUCGCCGCCGCUGCAAUCAAUCCCAUGGCAUCGCCACGCCAGCCACCUCGCCAAGAAAACUAGAAGCUCCCUUUUCUCCUCCUCCUCUUCCUAUGCGCGCGGCCGUGCCCAUUCCAUGGCGGCGCUUCCUCUCCUCCUCCUCCUCCACCUGUCGGUUGCCGUGGGCGCGGCGGCGCGCAUCGUGCCCGUCGAGUACCUGUACCCGCCCUUCAACCUCACCUACUUUCACUUCAUCGACACCAACGGCGUCUUCCUCCUCUCCCCCAACACCAACUUCUCCGCCGCCGUCUACAACGCCGGCUCCAGCGCCGCCUCCGACACCCAAUCCCGCUUCUUCUUCUCCGUCCUUCACAGCGCCUCCCGCACCCCUGUAUGGACCGCCACCGCCGCCGGAUCCACCAUCCUCGAGUCCGUCGUCCUCUCCCUCUCCGCCACCGGACUCGCCCUCUUCGACCCCUCCGCCGCCCAACCCAAACCCGCCUGGUCCACGCCGCGCCUCCGCGAGCCCGUCGCCGCGCUCCGCCUCCGCGACACCGGAGAGCUCGAGCUCAUCGACGGCGAGAACACCACGCUCUGGUCCUCCUUCGAGCGCCCCACCGACACGCUGCUCCCGGGACAGGCGCUCCGCCUCGGCGUACCGCUCACGUCCUCUGCGUCCGACCAGGACCUGUCGCCCGGCGCCUACCGCCUCGUCCUCACCCCCAACGACGCGCUCCUUCAGUGGGCCACCAACGCCAACGCCUCCUCCGGCUUCCUCACCUACUGGGCACUCUCUUCGGACCCCGCCUCCGUCCAGGACUCCAACCACGCCGUCGCCUCCAUGACCGUCAACGCCUCCGGCCUCUACCUCCUCGCCGCCAACGGCAGGGACACCGUCUUCAGGCUGUUCUUCCCCUCGCCGGCGCCCUUGAAAGGCGACUCACGCAUCCUCAAAGUCGACCCUUCCGGCCACCUGCGUGCGCUCACCCUGACUGCCGGCGCGAGCCUCCCCACCGUGUGGACCGCGCCAGCCAACGACUGCGACCUCCCGCUGCCGUGCCGGUCCCUCGGCCUCUGCACGCCCGGCGGCAACGGCUCCACAUGCGGGUGCCCCGACGCCUUCCGCACCUACUCCAGCGGCGGCUGCGCGCCGGCCGAUGGUUCGGCGCUGCCCAUAAUCCCCGACAGCUGUGCCGUCGGCAGUGCCGCGCCUCGCUACAGCUACGUCAGCCUCGGCGACGGGAUCGGCUACUUGCCCAACAAGUUCGCCCUGCCCGAGACGUCCGGCGAUGCCCUCCCGGCGUGCCGCGACCUCUGCUCGGCCAACUGCUCCUGCCUCGGCUUCUUCUACAAGAACUCCUCCAGGUCCUGCUUCCUCCUGCACAACCAGAUUGGCUCCGUCUUCCGCGCCAACACUGACGUCGCCGUCGGCUUCAUCAAGACGCUCCCGCCGCCGCCACACGCCAAAGGCUCGUCGUCCCUGAGCUUCAUAACCAUCGUGUUCGGCAUCGUGCUCCCCACCGUGGCGGCCGUAGUUAUCUCCUUCCUGCUGUACGCGAUGGGCGCACAGUGGCUGAAGAGGCGGCGGCCGCAGCUCAAGAGCGGCGGCAGCAGCAAGAACCGCAGCAGGUUCAAGCUGCCGGCGAUGCUGGCGUCACUGGCAUCCUCCGUCCCGUCGGCCAGCGAGGACGCCGGGAGCGGCGACCUCGACGAGGAUGUCCUCAUCCCGGGCCUGCCGACCCGGUUCACGUACGGCGACCUCGAUGUCGCGACCGACGGCUUCAAGUGGCAGAUCGGCGCGGGCGGCUUCGGCUCCGUGUUCAGAGGCGAGCUUCCGGACCGGAGCACGGUCGCCGUGAAGCGGAUGAACGGCCUGGGCGCGCAGGGCCGGCGCGAGUUCCUGACGGAGAUCGCCGUGAUCGGCAACGUCCACCACGUCAACCUGGUGAAGCUCCGCGGGUUCUGCGCCGAGGGCGCGCGGCAGGUGCUGGUGUACGAGUACAUGAACAGGGGCUCCCUCGACCAGAGCCUCUUUCGUGCCGGCGCCGCCACGCUCGACUGGUCCGCCCGGCUCCGGGUCUGCAUCGGCGCAGCGCGCGGGCUCGCGUACCUCCACGCCGGCUGCGACCGCAAGAUCCUGCACUGCGACGUGAAGCCGGAGAACAUCCUCCUGGACGACCGUGGUGGCGUGAAGAUCGCCGAUUUCGGGCUGGCGAAGCUGAUGAGCCCGGAGCAGUCGGGACUGUUCACGACGAUGCGCGGCACGCGCGGGUACCUGGCGCCGGAGUGGUUGAUGAACGCUCCUAUCACCGACAAGGCCGACGUGUACAGCUUCGGCAUGGUGCUGCUGGAGAUCGUGCGCGGGAGGAAGAACUCCAAGAAGGACGAGCAGAGCUUGUCGGGCACGGGCAGCGGCACGUCGUCCGAGGGUGGCGGGGCCGAGCGCGAGCGGAGCAGCUACUCCCCGGCGAUGGCGUUGGACCUGCACGAGCAAGGGGGGCGGUACGGGGAGCUCGUGGACCCGAGGCUGGAGGGGAGAGCGGACGUCGAGGAGGUGUCACGAGUGGUGCGAGUGGCGCUCUGCUGCCUCCACGAGGACGCUGCGCUGCGGCCGAACAUGACGGCCGUUUCCGCCAUGCUCGACGGCAGCAUGGACGUGGGCGAGCCCCGGACGGAGUUCCUUCGGUACCUCAAGAUGUACGGCCGCGGCCUUGUCGACCUGCGGCCUGCUGGCUGGAUGGACGGAGGGAAGGGCAGGGGGAAAGACUCGGACGCCACUGGUGGCGCGAGCAGCAGCUGGUCGCCGCCGUCGUGCGUGUUGGCGCAGCAGCUCUCGGGUCCCAGAUGACACAAUGUGCUAUAUAUAGUUCCCCAGAAUGAUUUUGCUUUUCUUUUUCCAUGGGGAAAUUUUUAUUAA